AUGAAAGAAAUGAGUACUGUAGAUUACAAGAUUGUAGAGUAUAAGAUUGUAGAGUACACGAUUGUAGAGUACACGAUUGUAGAGUGCAAGAUUGUAGAGUACAAGAUUGUAGAGUGCAAGAUUGUAGAGUGCAAGAUUGUAGAGUACAAGAUUGUAGAGCACAAGAUUGUAGAGUACAAGAUUGUAGAGUACAAGAUUGUAGAGUGCAAGAUUGUAGAGUACAAGAUUGUAGAGUACAAGAUUGUAGAAUACAAGAUUGUAGAGUACAAGAUUGUAGAGUACAAGAUUGUAGAGUACAAGAUUGUAGAGUGCAAGAUUGUAGAGUACAAGAUUGCAGAGUGCAAGAUUGUAGAGUACAAGAUUGUAGAGUGCAAGAUUGUUGAGUGCAAGAUUGUAGAGUGCAAGAUUGUAGAGUACUGGAUUGUAGAGUGCAAGAUUGUAGAGUACACGAUUGUAGAGUACAAGAUUGUAGAUUACAAGAUUGUAGAGUAUAAGGUUGUAGAGUACACGAUUGUAGAGUACAAGAUUGUAGAGUGCAAGAUUGUAGAGUACACGAUUGUAGAGUACUGGAUUGUAGAGUGCAAGAUUGUAGAGUACACGAUUGUAGAGUACAAGAUUGUAGAUUACAAGAUUGUAGAGUAUAAGGUUGUAGAGUACACGAUUGUAGAGUACAAGAUUGUAGAGUACACGAUUGUAGAGUACAAAAUGGUAAAGUGCAAGAUGGUAAAAUACAAGAUUGUAAAGAUGUGGACCAUGAUUGAAGAUGACGUUAUCGCCCCUUUUACCUGUGUUUAA